CCUAGGCUGUGUCCAGGACCGAAUUCAUUCGCCAUGGAGGGCCUCAUGCGGCCUUUGGAGUCCCCGGACUCCUUGAACUUCGCACCUGUCAGCAAGGUUGCUCCGCUGGUGCAGAGUUAUAUUGCCCUGCCAUCCGAGAAGCUCCUGGAGAUGUAUUCCCAGGAGCACGUGGUGAAAUUGGGGCAACUUCUGGUUGCACGUUUCUUCAAUGAAUGCUUGCAGUUGCAGCGCGGCUUGAGCGACCUACAAAGCUCCUUGCAGUCCAGCGAGCAACGACGAGAGGAACUGGAACGAGGCUCGCUGGCUUCCCAGGCGAGCUUGCCCAUGAUGCCUGAGAUCACCCUCCCUGGGCGGCGCGAGGCCGAGGAGAUGAGGAUGGAGUGCGCGCAUUGUUUGGAGACCUCGGAGAAGUUGAGGAUUGCAGAGGAAAGACUACAGGAGAUGCAGGAGCGAGCGCUGCAGUACUCACCCAAGGCGCCGCAGAGUGCGCGCGGCUACAGCGGGGCGGUGGCGGCCGAGGCGCAGGCGCCGCAGGAGGCGCUGUUGAAGAAGAAGGCCGCCGUGAUGCUGCAAUCCGCCUGGCGCCGCCGGGCCGCGCAGCUGCGCUUCGAACGGCACCUGCUGGACCUGAUCUUUCCCCAAAGGCCGGAGGGGCCUUCCACACCGAUGGCCACGUUGAGUUCGCUCUGCUUGGUACAGGGCCUUCUCCGCCGCGUGUGGCGCUCCCUGCGACGGCGUGGCUUGGACUUUGAGCUCGCCUACCGCUGCGCCGAUGCAGGCUACCAGAAGAAAGCCGGCACGAGUGCAGCGGAUGGAAGCUCCAUGCGAGUGGGACACUUCCUGCAUUUCCUUUGUCAGCAACAAGG